GAUAUUGCACUAAGGGAAACCGCACUUCUAUCAGAAUUCAUUUUUGUUUAUGUUUUCCGUAUCUUAGAGCAUGAUUUAAUUAAUUUAGCCGUAGUUAAUUGGCUUCAUGGCUCACCAAGGAGUUACUUCGGCGUGGAUUUGUCUAUUUAAGGCAUCUAGCUGUUAGGCUCCUUGCUUCACUUGGUCUUUUCCUCUUAUGUUUCUGAACUCGAGAGUCAAGAUGAUGUUUCUUGUAGCCUUUUUGCUUACUUUACAAUCUCAUGUGCCAGCCCUUGAUGCUUGCCCUAAAUGUGGCAACAUGCUAGUCCCUUACCCACUUAGCACAAGUGAUAAUUGUGGAAACCCUAUGUACAGAAUCUAUUGCAACAAUGGUGCUCUAGAGUUCCUGUCAGCUCAAGGACUAUACUACAGGAUUCUCAGUAUCAAUCCUAGUGCUUAUAAACUUGUCAUACGCCCUCCCCUAAUAGGGAAAGACACAUGCUAUUCCUCUGAUCUUGCCGUAGGAGGAUUAGGGCUUGACGAGAACUUGCCAUUCAACAUAUCCGUUCGCAACACUGUUAUGUUAUUCAACUGUUCUGAUAACAUUCUUCUGUCACCAUUGAAUUGUUCGUCGACCAGCUAUUGUAGGCAGUACGAGGAGAUAGAAGAGGGGAGUGGGUGCAAAGGAACUCUUUGCUGCCACUACUUGAAAGACGCAUCAAUGACUUCGCAUAGGAUUAGGAUUAGAGUUGGAGGGUGCACAGCUUAUACUUCUGUUGUGGACAUCAAACCUGUGGAUCCCGUUGAUAAAUGGAACUAUGGAAUUGAGCUGCAAUGGAUGCCUCCAAACUAGGAGGCAGCACGUGACUACUUGUGGUGCAAGCUUCUGAACUAUAUGAUAUAUAGUCUAUGUUAUUGCUUGUUAUGCCUACUUUAAUUACAGCCCAUGUCCUCAUCUGCUGUUCCUUCUGUUACUCGCACGUGUGUGCUUGUUCCUUCUAUAUUUUGCUAAUAAUGAAUCAAU